AUAAUAUGACUUAUUGACUUGAUUGAUUAUUUUUGCUUACCUUUUUAUUUACUGCUAACGGCAUUCGACACGAAUACGAUUUGUCUAACCUAGCUAAUAUGUUUUGUAUUUGCUUGGAUAUUUUAAGCAGAUUAAAUUAUUAUGGAUAAUCAAAUUGUCGGCUCUAAAUAUAGUAGUAUUCUAUUAUUUAGUUUUUUCUAUUUAUAAUGAAGCGAGCCUAGUUAAUUUUCGUGUAAAUGAUCACCAUGAUACCAGCAUCGGAGGGACAACAAAGGAAUCCUCUCGUGUUCUUGGAUAUAGCAAUAGACGGAGAAAAAGCUGGCCGCAUUACAAUAGAACUGAGAAAGGAUGUGGUACCAAAAACAGCUGAGAAUUUUCGGGCACUAUGUACUGGGGAGAAGGGUCUCGGUGUUUAUAAGAAGCCUCUGCAUUUCAAAGGAGCUACAUUUCACAAAGUUGUGACUCAGUUUAUGGUGCAGGGUGGUGAUAUAGUGAAUGGGGAUGGUACAAGUGGUGAGAGUAUCUAUGGACCAACAUUUGAAGAUGAAAAUUUUAUUCUAAAGCAUGACGCAGGCGUUCUCAGUAUGGCUAACAAAGGGCGUGUCCACACCAACGGCUCGCAGUUUUGCAUAACAACAGUCCCGUGCCCGCAUCUGGACGGCACCAACGUGGUGUUCGGAAGAGUGCUCACUGGGCUCGGUCUCGUGCUGGAGAUGCAGCAGUACGGUGACGACAAUGGCAGACCGCAAGUGGAAUGUGUAGUGCUGGAGUGUGGCGAAUUGGCCCCCGGAGACCCCGGCGGGGGCGAGCUUGGUCCUGGCCAUCUGCCAGAGUAUCCCGAAGAUUACCCGCAAGCGGAACAGCUCACUAUAGAACAAUUUAUAAACAGUAUUAUAGAAGUGAAAUGUAGCGGUAAUGCACUGUUUGGAGAGGAACGGUUCAAGGCAGCGUCGAGAAGAUAUCAGAAGUGUUUGCGGUAUCUCCAAGUUAUUAGUAAACGAAUAGAGAAGAUUAAACAUACCACUCAGCAGGACAACUUUUCUGAGAUCAUAACAACAUCCACACAACAGUGUCGUCUCAAUUUGGCUGCUUGUUAUAUCAAGUUAGCGAAUUACAGAAAUUGCAUUAAAAGUUGCAAUGAGGUGCUCGAAUUAGAAACGCACAACGAAAAAGCUUUAUACAGGCGUGCGCAAGCUAAUUUCGCACUUAAGAACUACGACAAAGCUCUGUCAGACUUAAAAAUGGCGGAGAAAGUAUCACCUAACAACAAAGCAGUACAAAAACUACUGGACGAAGUGCGUACCACAAACAAGAGCUACAACGACAUACAAAAACAGAGGCUGUCAAAGUUUUUUCGUGACCAAAAAGAGAAAGAUGUCGGAAUCGGACAUAACUGAAUUAAGGCUGAGAGUAGUGAUAUAUAAUUUACAUUAAGGUAAACGAAUUAGUGAAUGUCUUCUCAUUAUUUGUAUUUGGAGAGUCAAACGGUUGAUUAUUUGUGUUAUUUACUAGCCGCUGAGAUACAAAUACAGAUCAUCUCUCUUUAAAUACUUGUUUGACCAUUGGUUAAUUCAGGAUAGAAUUAAAGAUAGUUUUCUUGAGAUAUCGUGUA